UCCAUCAUCCAUAAUGUCAGCUCCCGAUGAGUUGAAUCAUAUGGUUGAAUUUAAAUUUUGCCUGGUUUCUUGGUGUUUAACUUAAUACUGAUAUUCCUAAAUAUGUAAUGAAUUUUACUUUACAUUUAUAGUCAGCAUGCAAGAGAAAUUUGUUUUGGAACAAUUUGAUGGAGAGUCUGUGGCGUUAAGUUUGUUUUCAGACGUAAAAAAUUCCCGGGAAAUUCGUCAAUCAAUCGUUGAAGGGAACGUAGAGGCUGGUGUUCUGACAGCAGCAUUGGUGUUGGCACCCCUGCAGGUGUUGGCAGCUACUGUGAAGGCAGUUCAUGCUCAGAAGAAUGGCAGGCUACGCACCCGCAAUGUCAACUCCGAGAUCGUCUACAACAUGUCAGCGUCGAGAAGCAUCAUGGAUUCGUUCAGUAAGUUUGGGAUACAGGACGACGAUGAAGCCAUCGUGGUCGUGACGCUCGGCGAUUCCUGCGCGCAGAUAGAGACUCUCAUCAACGGCACUGCAGUACCUCUCAGCGGGAUUUCCGAGUUCACAGACACCGACAGGAUAAAGAAGGUCUACAAGAUCAAGGACGCAGAACUGAGCGCUGGGUCACUGCUGGACGCGGUUGUAUCGAGAAUAGCUUCGAAAGAAUUCGUCUCCUACUAAUCGAAAAACCUACUUCGGUGUUUACGCGUCCCGUGGCAGCGCGACUGCAGUGAUCGCUCGCAGAAGUGAGGUCUGUCCGCCACUUACAAAACUACAAUGG